CACAAUCGUGGGCCAGAACAACUACACCAAGCCCUCCUCAAUGACUUUCGCCGUCAGCCAAGGUGUCGUCUGUAAUGGGACUUCUGACUGUUCAGUACCAGUUGGUGGCUUUGUGACUGACCGUCGCACGAUAAACCUUACGGAUGCUUCUCCAGACUGGGCCUUCCAACUCAUCAGUAACGCGACUGGCUUCCCCUUCAAUACCACAUUAGUCGGCGCUGUUGAGAACACAACAUACACCAUGAAGUCUGGCUCGUCUGGCUAUAUAGGCUUUACGCCUACCUACAGAUGCACACAAGGCAUGCUCUCAGAUUGUGACAACAAGGAUCUGGACGGCACGCCUGUGGAAGCCUGCACACCCUUUGGUUCGACGGACGAUUUGAUCAACGGCACUUUGGCGGCUAUUGCAACAUCACCAGAGACUGCAUUGGCUCUCGUGUGCAAUCCUGCAAAUACGAGUCUGGCGUCGAGUGGCAACGGCACAAACUUCUGCAUCAACCCGACAAAUUCAUCUUCUGGAAACACGACAGCGUCAGAUUUGACAGCAGGUGCUGGCAUGUCCAGUAGCGUCGGCACGGUCUUGUUCUCUGUUGCCCUGCUAGUCGCAGUCCUCGGAAUUUGAUUCAGCAGAGGUCCUGUCAAUAUAUUCGAUACAGAAACUUGGGAUCACUUCGGCAUGAGACUUGGCGCUUGGGAAUUUUCCGUCUUGAUUCUGUAUCAGGGCGAGCGGAUGAACGCAUGACCGCUCUGAUUCUUGCAGAAGUCAAGCACUGUGCGACAGCUGAAGCACAUUAACCAAGGCUUUAAAAGUAACCCCACGCCACCUCAGCCCACCAUACCGAUACCUUGGAGACGGUGAUUUCGACCGGAAUCUCUCCCAAAACAAGACAACCAUACAUCUUGUGGUCAUUACCUUUGCGACGAUCAUCGAUACAAGGCGCGGUGCAAUUGCUGGUUCGCAAGCAAUAGAUUGAUGGGUAGAUGAGCUACUCCGAUGAAGUUCUUCGUCCUGAUUUAGAAGUCAGUAGAUCAGGGGUUCACAGGCAGUGUCAGCCGAGGUCUAGAUAUGAAGCACUUUAUCACGG